AUGGAGCACGAGGAUGACUACGAGACUCCUCGCGACUUUGAGAGUCGCGACGACGACUACAGGACUCCUGGCGACCCUGGCGAAUGUGAGGACCGGGGUGGUGAACACGCAGGUGGUGAUCACACGGGUGCAGGUGGUGAACACACGGGUGCAGGUGGUGAACACACGGGUGCAGGUGGUGAACACAUAGUGGGUGGUGAACACACGGGUGGUGAACACAUAGUGGGUGGACAUGCCGUGCCGACAAUAAUUCGGACGCGGCCACCGGACCGAACGUUGGCUGCCCCGAAGGACGCGGCGGCGAUUGCGAAGAUCCUGGCGGAUCGGUACGUGCCGGCGCCGACGUUUUCGCAUUCGCCGGCGACGGCUGAGUCGCCGAGCAUGUUCCCUGUGACGCGCGAACGUUUCGGACGGGACGCGGAAGUGCGUCCCUUCGAUGAAAAGGAGCUCGAUGUGACAUACGCGCACUCACCGCGGCCGGUGGAUGUACGCAUUCCCACGCCCGCUGUCCCAGGAAACAUCACCCCUAUCCCCACUCCCGAAGCACUUGCCGAACACGACCGACCACUCACGGAAGAAGAAGCUGAACAACUCUCGAUCUGGAUCUUUAGAAGUGGCUAUUCGAAACCGGGAAACACACACGGAGAUAAUCAUCACCUCAAACAGCUCUGCUAA